UCAAAUUCCCAGUAGUGAGGAUCAGAACAAGCUGAUCCUGUUGGAGAAGCUUGAUGAGGGGAUGGUGGAAGCAAGUGCUAUCUAUGGACAUGAAAGGAAUGAUCCCCUUGAGUUGCCUCUUCUGCAAAUCUUUCCUGGCACUCAUCAUGUAGACCUGUUCGCUGCUCAGUUCACUGCACUGGUAGGUUCGUUGCACUGUUUACUUUUGAUGGAAGAGUCAUGUGGAUUUCUUUCACUGCAUUGUGUGAUCUGUCUUCCUGUAGAUGGCGCGUGAAGGAUAUCACCUGGCUGAUAAUCAAAUUGAACCUGCAUCUCUUGCUACUGAUGGAAGCUCUACUAGUCAACAACCAACUGUUACCACUACAUCUGAAACAGUUGAGCUACCACCCCCAAUUCCGAUCCCAGGGCAAGCUCCUUGCAUGCUUGGUCCUAUGAGCAGCAUGUCAGGACUUAACCCCUGUCAAUUACCAUCACAAUGUAAUUUCUCUGGAGCCCAUUUGCUUCCCCCUGGAAACAUCCAUUCUACACCACAUCUCUCAGCUGGUUAUUUGUCCAAACCACAACUUGAUUUUGCUCCACAGCUCAACCCCUUGCAUCCACAGUGGCAACAUGUUAUUGACAAACGAGCCUUUUUACAGUUUCAGAUGCUGCAAAGACUUGGGCUUCAAUGGCAACUUUUGCAGAAGAGGAUGAUGACGGGGGGAUUGGGUGCUGCAACAGGAUGCUCAAGUAUGAUGCAAUUAGGUAGUGGUGCCGAGUGGCUUGGAAAUAUUGGCCUUGGUUCCUCUGAUAACGUUCUGGGCAUGAGGGGCUCCACACCUGUGUUAAUGAGAGAAAAUAUCCCCAGAAUUGGCAAUUCAGGUGAGGGUAAUAUUCCAGCUGCAGUAUUAGCAAGAAUGAGAAUGGCUGAAAAUCAAGGAAGAGCUUUGUGGAGUGAAGUUCCAAUUCAGAGAAAUCCUGGUAUUUUGCCUGCGUAUCAACCUAAUUUUUCUGCCAUGGCAUAUGAGGGUAUCAACCAACAGAUGUCACUUCUACAAAUACGACAGCAGUUAUACGUGCUGCCACAGCAGCAGCAGCAUGAAAUGGGAUCGCCAAUCCAGUCCACGGGGGGAACCGGCUUGGCAGAGCAUGUAGUUUCACCUCCAAGUCAAGUUGGCCGGCACCAAAUGGAUCAAAUGAGCCCACACCAACUGAACUCUGUAAUGGUUCCUCAGAAAGUGGAUCCUGGGAAUGUAGUGGCAGACCAUGAAAAUCCAGGCAUCAGUUCACGGACUCUUGGUUCUGUGGCUAGUUACAAGGCAAGCUCAUCAAUGGAGUUACGUGAUCCGAUUAAGGAUGCCACUUAGCCAAACUAGUGGGAUCAAAUAAGUGAAGGAUUUUGGAUGAUUGGGUGGUGUAAUUAGAACAGCGGCAGAUCUGUGAAUACCAUAGGUUCUUAGAUAUAAAGAUCACAUGUACCUACUCUUGUAUUUGCUUGUUGAAAUUACUUGCAUAAAUCCAGUGCUGGCUGAAUCACCCACCCAAAGCUCAGUGAUGUUAUGUGGUAGGUCUUUUUUCAUCCAGAUCAUGUCAUGCUGAUUUUUAAUCUAACCUAUACCCUGCACUACUUUUUGCAUAUCACGUAUGUGAGGCUUGUAGUACUUAAAUUCUGAUCGUUUGUGUCAUUGCUUGUUGGUAACUUCCUGAAGUCGACAAUAUGUUAUAUUAGAUUCGUGCUGAUUAUUGUGCAGAAGCAAUUGCCUGUACUCUUGCGGGUUUUUACUCCAAGCUCUAUUGAA